GUUGCCCAAAGCGAGUGGAUGGUGUGGCCUCCUGCUCCACCCUCCCUCCUCUCCUCCACCCUCUCUCUCCCUCCCUCUCUCUCACUCUCCCUCCCUAGACCCUACAGUACAUAUAUACCUCCUCCUCCUCCUCCUCCACCUCCUCGUUCUCCUCCUGCUUGUCCGUCCUUUAUUCUGUGCCUCAAGAUUUAGAUAUAUACAGGCGGUGGACGAGAAAUAGACGAGUGCCGCACACCUGUUUAAUUAAUGUGAGUGUUCAUGGCGAGGAGGUGGUGGUGGCGUCGGCCGUGGCUGCCCCCGUGGGUGCUGCCCUUGCCCCCCCACUCCCGGGCCGCCCCCCACUCAGGUGUACUAAGGUGAGGUCACGCCCCCCUGCACCUCACCCCCUCACCGCCUCGCCGUAACCUGUUGCUCCACUCACCUGGCGUAGUGGAGACUCACCUGUGUAAUUAGUGAAGCUGUUACCUGGUUGAUUAGCGAAGUUACCUGUUGAGUUAAUGGAGCCACUACCUGGGUAAUUACUGAAGCUGCCACCUGUCCUAUUAGUGGUGAAGUUACCUGGGCAAAUAGCUAAGAGUUACCUGCUGUAGUGGAGAGUUCAUACCUGGUUGAAUUAUUGAAGCUGUUACCUGGCCAAUUAGUGAAGAUUACCUGUUGAGUUGAGCUUCUCCCUGGCUGGCUAAUUGUUCUCGCUACCUGCUCUGCUAAUGAUCAAGUUACCUGGGCAGUUAGUGAAGAGUUACCUGGCGGGAUAGUGAAUUUAUUACCUGGGUGAUUAGUGAAGUUACCUGUUGAAUUCAAGAGUGCCAUUUUACACCUGGACUGAUUCGUGGAGAGUGCCAAUCAUCUCUUCCAAUUACCUGUAAACCAAUUAGGGAAGUGCAAGUUACCUGUUCGCCUAGAGACCCAUCCAGCUCACCGGUUCCAGCCACUCCAGAAGACCAGUUUACCUGUAAUUAAGAAGCCAAGAGAACCAGUUUACCUGUCCUUAAUAAGCCAAAGAAACACCUGUGGAAAGUUCAUCUGUUGAAAGUUAUUGUGAAAAGUUUACCUGUCAAAAGUUUAUCUGUCAAGAGUUCACCUGUCAAAAGUUUACGUGUUUAGAGUUUAGAGUUUACCUGUCAAAAGUUUACCUGUCAAAAGUUCACCUAUUGAGUUACCUGGCUUGAAUGACCUCCCUGCCGGCUACCUGAGAAUUGAUUAGCGUCAUUAAGCACGUGAAGGCCUUGCUACCUGGCCUAAAUUACCUGGAACACCUGCUGGGAAUUGCUCCUAGAUUCCUGUUACCAAAUUCCUGUUACCAAUUCCUGCUGUUGUGUUUUGUUCUGGUUCUCCUACUUGGCAACAUUUGAUUCCAGCGAAGAAGAGAUAUCUGGUAACACCAUUCCUGAAUACAUGGUUAAAGGGUGAUUCCAGAGAAGUGGGAAUAGCUGGUAACACUGAUUCCUAGUAACUGGUGAAGAGUUGAUUCCAGGAAAGUGGGUCUAGUUGGUAACACUGAUUUCAACUUUGUGGUGAUAUCUAACAACACCGUUACCAUCACCACCACCAGCCCAGGCUUCCUUCACCACCACCACCACCACCACCACCACUACAACCACCACCACCACCACCGUCACCGUGCCAACAUCAUUAGUCUACCAAGCUGUUCUUCCUGAUAAAAGUAGAAAACGACAAUUAGAAAACAGGAUAAGUCAAGAUUGAAACCAGAGGACGUAGAGAACGAUAUUCGAACCCGUGGUGGUAACAUUUGGAUAACCUAACCUAAUCUGUUCUUCCUGACAAAAGUAGAAAACGACACAAGUGGAUAAUGAAACCAGAAAACAAGUAGAGAACGCUGACACUAUAAACCUUGGUGGGAACUUUGGAUAACCUAACCUAAUCUUAUCUGUUCUUCCUGAUAAAAGUAGAAAACGAUAAAUUAGAACACUUAAAUUAGAGAACAGUGUAAGUAUAUAACAAAAGUGAGCUGGUAACACUUUGGAUAACAAGCUGACCAAAUCAAAUCGUUCUUCCUAAAAAGUAGAAAACAGUGCAAUUAAUAGAAAACCAAGUAGAAAACAAAGUGGGUAAAAGUAGAUAACACCACGUAGAAAACAAAAUGAACUGGUAACGCUUCUGGAUAACAAAAUUGUUCUUCCUAAAAAGUAGAAAACGGUGCAAAAAAGAAAACCAAGUAGAAAACCAACUGGGUAAAAUUAGAGAACACUGCACGUAGAUAACAAAAUGAACUGGUAACGCUUCUGGAUAACCAAAUUGUUCUUCCUAAAAAAGUAGAAAACGAGGUGGGUAUCUUUUUGGGUUCACUUAGAUACCUUGACCCGUGUGCUCUUCCCAUGUUACAGUAGAAACCUAGAAAACAGACGUGAGAGGUAACAGCUGAAUGAGGUGUCUAUUUUGGAUAACUAGAAAACGCUACUGGUAACUUUAGAUAACUUAAGCCCCAAGCAAGUUAGAUACCGCCAACUGAAACCACCCUCGCCAUCCGUCUCCUGAUUCUUGUGUCCCAUCCAACUGGUUUCUAAGUGAAGAUAAGCUAGAAAACGUGAGACCAGAGAUACCGAAGACUACCACAUGGUUUCUACGUAAGUGACGGUAGAAAACUUUGGUUCUCGCGUUGCUAGACAUUCAAGUGCGGGUUUCUACAAGAGGUAAAUUAGAACAUAAGUUAUUCAGUAGAGACCAGAGACUAGAGUUGUUUUUUCGGCUAGUUAAGAGGUAGAAAACACGUGCUUCUCUGGACACAAGGCAGACCUGGUAUCUACGAACUUGAGAACAGACAGAAAACAAUUGAUUCUCUCUAUAAACACAUUUUAACUCCGGUUUCUGCCUAAACUGUAAAAAAGAAAACGAAACCAAGUGAUUCUCAAUAGAUAAGACAUUUCAGUGCUGGUCUCAACACACAAAACAGACAAACACACGAACAAAUACAGCUGGUUUCUACGGUAUCUGUUAUCUAGAAAACUGUGAAAUAAAAAAAACAUUUGUGAAUCUCAAUAGAAAACUGCGGGUCUCAUAAACGAAGUACAGACAGAUAGACAAACCCACAUACAAACAUAAAUAGAUCUGGCUUCUACGGUAUCAGUUAUCUACAAGCAAAUGUGAAGUAGAAAACAACCUGUGAAUCUCAAUAGAAAAUAACUGGUCUCUAAAACGAAAUAGACGCCCCCCUCAACACACACAAACACACAUAUAGCUGGUCUCUACGGUAUCAGUUAUCUACAGAAGUGCUAAUACAUGCUGCAGUGAAGUAGAAACCAGCUUGGUCUCUAGUAGCAGAAACCAGUAAACCCAGCUUCUGUACUGUGCUAGCAAACCUAUCGCUGAAAUAGACAAGUUAGAAGAGUGCCCCCUAAAAAGUGCUACCAACGCCAUCUAUACGCCACGCCCCGCAUUACCAUCCCUCCUUCAAUCCACCUCUUCCUCCUCCUUGAACUUGAACUUGUGAGAGGGAGGUAAAGUGAGAGAGGGAGGGGGAGGGAGGGAGAGAGAGAGACAUCAUGGUUCGGGCUUCCACCUCGGCUAGACUGAGGAACCAGACGGAGAGACACAUCAUCCCUAACAACCCAGAGUUCAACGCACAGUUCAACUAUGCCAAAAACUACAUCAAGACGUCUAAGUACACGCUGUUCAACUUCGUGCCGUACAACCUAUUCGAGCAGUUCCAGCGGCUGGCCAACUUCUACUUCCUGUGUCUGUUGGUGCUGCAGCUAAUCCCGGUCAUCUCGUCCCUGUCCCCGAUCACCACCGCCGUCCCCCUCAUCGGCGUGCUCACCGUCACCGCCGUCAAGGAUGCCUACGAUGACUUUCAACGGCACCGCAGCGACCGGCAAGUCAACACCCGGAAGACUUGGGUGCUGCGGAACGGCCAGCUGGUGGAGGAGUCGUGGAGCAAGGUCCUGGUGGGUGAUGUCAUCCGCAUGGAGAAUGACCAGUUCGUGGCGGCUGACAUCCUCCUGCUAUCUACCUCCGAACCCAAUGGCCUCUGUUACAUUGAGACCUCGGAGCUGGACGGGGAGACCAACCUCAAGUGCAAGCAGUGUUUACCAGAGACGGAGGAUCUUGGGCAGGACGACAGUCUCAUCGGGGCCUUCCAGGGGGAGAUACACUGUGAGCCGCCCAACAACCAGCUUAACAAGUUUGACGGGACACUCACGCUCGACGGCAACACGCACUCGCUGGACAACGACAAGAUCCUGCUGCGAGGGUGCAUCCUUCGGAACACCCAUUGGUGCUACGGCGUGGUCAUCUUCGCCGGCAAGGACACCAAGCUCAUGAUGAACUCCGGCAAGACCAAGUUUAAGCGCACAAGCAUCGACAGACUCCUUAACUUUAUCAUUCUGGGGAUUGUGUUCUUCCUGCUGUCCAUGUGUCUCUUCUGCACUGUGGCGUGUGGCAUCUGGGAAACCCUCACAGGCCAAUACUUCCGCGAGUACCUUCCGUGGGACACCCUUAUACCGUCGGACCCGGUGGGCGGCGCGGCAGUCAUCGGCCUCCUCAUCUUCUUCUCCUACGCCAUUGUCUUAAACACCGUAGUGCCUAUCUCUCUCUACGUAAGCGUGGAGGUCAUUCGUUUGGCCCAGAGUUUCCUGAUCAACUGGGACAACGAGAUGUAUUACGCAGUGACCAAGACGCACGCCAAGGCCCGCACCACCACCCUGAACGAGGAGCUUGGGCAGAUCGAGUACAUCUUCUCCGACAAGACCGGAACCCUCACGCAGAACAUCAUGGCAUUCAACAAGUGUUCCAUCGCCGGCCACAGCUUCGGCGAGGUCAUCGAUCCGCGCACCGGCGAGCCCAUUGAGAUUACGGAGUCCGGGGCAUGGAUACGAAAACAGCGCAGGAAACGACGGCGCUCCACCCCCAACCACCCACCACACCCACACCCUCGCUGGCGGACCCUUCGUAACACCGACGCGCACGAUGAGGAGUCGCUGGUCACGCUCCUUGCCGACCCCCAGGACACCGCCACCCCAGAGUCACCCGGAGCCAUGGGGUCGAGGGGGGACGGAGGGGGGCAGGGAGGAACAAGCGGAGACAAUUUAGUGGUGGUGGAAAAUCUCGUUCCUGUCACUCCUCCUCCACAUGCCUCCUCCGCCUCCUCCUCUUCCUCUUCCUCCGCCUGGCCGCCUCUUCUUGACGUACAGUCAGUGGACCUCUCGGACAACCCUUUCCACGAGCCGAGCUUCAAAUUUUACGACCAGACCUUGGUGGAUGCGCUGGAGGUGGGUGACGAGAACUGUGAGGGGUUCUUCAGGCUCCUCGCACUCUGCCACACUGUGAUGCCCGAGGAGAAGAAUGGUAAGCUGGAGUACCAAGCGCAGUCCCCCGAUGAAGGUGCGCUGGUGUCGGCGGCGCGGAACUUUGGCUUCGUCUUCAAGUCCCGCACACCCAACAGCAUCACCAUAUCCGCGAAGAAGAAUCCCGAGACGUACGAGCUUCUGUGCAUCCUCGACUUCAACAACGUCCGGAAGCGCAUGUCAGUGAUACUCAAGAAGGACGGCAAGAUCCGCCUCUACUGCAAGGGUGCCGACUCCAUCAUCUACGAGAGGCUGAAGGCCGGCCAGGAGGGGCUGAAGCGGCAGACACAGGAACACCUCGACGCAUUCGCGGGCGAUGGUCUGAGGACGCUGUGUCUGGCGUACAAAGACCUGGAGGAGAACUAUUUUCAGAACUGGAAGAGCCGGCACCACGAGGCGGCCGUGUCACUGGAGAACCGCGACGCCAAGCUGGAUGCCAUCUACGAGGAGAUUGAAAAGGACCUCCUGCUGAUGGGAGCCACAGCCAUUGAGGACAAGCUGCAGGAUGGGGUGCCGCAGACCAUCGCAAACCUGGCCGUCGCUGGCAUUAAAAUCUGGGUGCUUACGGGUGACAAACAGGAAACGGCCAUCAACAUCGGAUACUCCUGCCAGCUGCUGACGGACGACAUGGCGGAGGUCUUCAUCAUCGACGCCCAGAGUGCAGUGGAGGUGGAGGAGCAGCUGCAGCGGACCAGGGAGCAGAUCCGCAACAUGACCUCUUCCACACACAACCAGACCAGCCUCUCCGUCGUGACCUUCAGUGAAGACGCGCUGGGCCCCGACAUGCUGAGUGAGGCCGGGGAGGCGAACUCCGGCUAUGCGCUGAUCAUCAACGGACACUCGCUGGUCUUCGCGCUCAACGCCAAGUAUGAGCGGCUCUUCCUGGAGGUGGCAUGCUACUGCAAGGCCGUCAUCUGCUGCCGGGUGACGCCGCUGCAGAAGGCGAUGGUGGUGGACCUGGUGAAGCGCUACAAGAAGGCCGUCACGCUGGCGGUGGGCGACGGCGCCAACGACGUCUCCAUGAUCAAGACUGCCCACAUCGGCGUCGGCAUCUCAGGGCAGGAGGGUCUUCAGGCCGUGUUGGCGUCGGACUACUCGGUGGCACAGUUCAAGUUCCUGGAGCGCCUGUUGCUGGUGCACGGCCGCUGGUCCUACUACCGCAUGUGCAAGUUCCUGCGAUACUUUUUCUACAAGAACUUCGCCUUCACGCUCUGCCACUUCUGGUUUGCGUUCUUCGUGGCGUUCUCGGCCCAGACGCUUUUCGACCCCAUGUUUAUCUCAGUCUAUAACCUGUUCUACACCUCAAUGCCCGUCCUGGCGCUGGGCAUCUUCGAGCAAGACGUCAGCGACAGGUGCAGUAUAAAGUUCCCCAAGCUCUACACGCCCGGGCUCAAGAACGCUCUCUUUAAUAAGCGCGAGUUCUUCCGCUCGGCCGUCCAAGGGUUCGUCACUUCUUGCGUGUUGUUCUUCAUUCCCUUCGGGGCCUACUACAAUGCCAUGGACACGGAGGGCCGCAGCAUGGCCGACCAGCAGACCUUCGGGAGCGUGGUCGCCACCAUACUCGUCAUCGUCGUCACUAUGCAGAUUUGCCUUGACACUUCGUACUGGACGCUGUUUAACCACAUCACCAUCUGGGGCUCCCUCAUCUUCUACCUCCUCCUGCAGUACGCCUACAACUACCUGCUGAAGGGGGAGUACGUGGGGGCCCUCGCCAAGGCGAUGGGUGAGCCGAUGUUCUACUUCACCACCCUCCUCACCAUCGUCAUCCUCAUGCUGCCGGUGAUGGCCUGGCGGUUCUACUGGGUGGACGUCCAUCCCACGCUCUCGGACAAGGUGCGGUUCAAGCAGAGGCACGACGCGAAGUUGGCGAGCCAGCGCACCGAACACAGGAUCGCGCGCACGCCCUCCGCCCGCAGGUCCCGUCGGUCCAUCCGGUCAGGCUACGCGUUCGCCCACCAGGAAGGCUUCGGUCGGCUCAUCACCAGCGGGAAGAUCAUGCGCCCGAGGAACCCCAGGCAAGGCGCGCUGUCCAACGGCCGCGCCAACAACCCCCGCUCGGACCAGGGUCGCGUCCCCAUCGUGGCUCCGGCGCCCUCUACCGUCGAGGUGUGAGGUGCGGCGGAGGUGCUACGCUGGUGAUUUGUUGUUGAUCGUAAAGGGUAAUGGUGCGCCGAUGGUGAGGAACAAACGGAAGAACAGGUGCUUACGUAUAGGGGUUUGUGUGUGUGUGUGUGUGUGUGUGUGUCACUAACGCGUGUAUGGUGUGUGUGUGUGUGUGUUACGUAUAUACAUAUGCAGACUAGAAACACUGAUUACCGCCAUGUGUGUGUGUGUGUGUGUGUGUGUGUGUGCGUCUCUCUAAGCAACGUUCGUGUGCGUAUAAUCCACGGCAGUUGCGACGUAACGUUAACAAAAAGGUGAAGGCUGUGUGUUGCUAUUGUGUUGUUGGGGAGUGUUCUUGUCGUCCUGGAUAGUGUCUAAGCCUUGAAGCCGCACUAGAGCGACGCAACACUCGGAACACAGCGACGGCGGCAGAGCAAACACACAGACUCUACGCACGCCGCCUUGUGCUGCUGUGCUUGUGUUGCGUCGGCGGGAGUGAAGUGUCAACUGUUGAGGGAGUGUUUCCGUUGGUCUCAGUGUGAAAGAAAAGAAAAAAAUGGAUUCUCUGAGUUGAAAAAUAAAGGAAGAAGUGUACAGUGGAUUUAAAGAAGAGGAAAUAAAGGAAAAAAAGGAACAAGUCUACAGUGGAUGUGGGUGAAGAAGAGAAAGAGAGGAAUAGAGAAAGAAAGUAAAUGUGUACAGAAGAUAUUAAGGAAAAGAGGAAAUAAAGAAGAAAGAUGGAUGAUGAAGAAGAAAGGGAAAAAGAAAAAUGGUGAAUAGAGAAGAGAAAGAAAGAAAGAAAAUGUACAGAGAAUAUUAAGGAAAAGAGGAAAUAAAGAAGAAAAUGGAUGAUGAAGAAAAGGAAAAAGAAAAUGGGAAAGAAGGAAAAUGUAUAGAGAAUAUUAAGGAAAAGAGGAAAUAAAGAAGAAAAGGAAAAAGAAAAUGGGAAAAUAAGAAAAUGUAUAGAGAAUAUUAAGGAAAAGAUGAAAUAAAGAAGAAAAUAGUUAAUGAAGAAAAGGAAAAAGAAAAUGGGAAAGAAGGAAAAUGUACAGAGAAUAUUAAGGAAAAGAGGAAAUAAAGAAGAAAAGGAAAAAGAAAAUGGGAAAGAAAGAAAAUGUACGGAGAAUAUUAAGGAAAAAAUGAAAUAAAGAAGAAAAUG